GAUUGGUAGUUCUGACAGUUCUAGUUCUAGAACUGUUGGAACUGUCACGCCCUACAUGAAAAAUUCCCGGAGGUUGAUGAAGUGAAAUGACGAGUACAGGCCGUUGUGGACCUUCUUGUUGGUUCUAAUGAACACUUGUGGCGACCAUCGGCUUGCCAAACACCAGAAGAACGACAUUUGGGACUGAUUACAGUGACCUUCUUGGCGCGAGCGACUCCAAAAAAACCGAAAGCGAAAGCACUGUUGAUGUUCGAACAGACUACAACAAGUGGAGUAGAAACGUCAUGCUACUUCACAUUGACGCUUACCGGAAGUAUGAGCCUCUGCGCAUGCUCAACUUGCUGACAGUUCUGACAGUUGUGGUAAUUCCAGUUCUAGAACUGGAACUAGUAUUCGAACGCACCCCAAGGAGUCCCUUUGUGUGAUAGAGUCUCAGACCUAGCUUGAAGAACUGAUGGCUUAUAGGUCAGAAAGACGUGGCCGUGCGCGUCGUCCUAAAGGGUUGUGCAGAUAUUACAUGGAAGGGUCAUGCAAGAAAGGCCCAGACUGCGAUUUCGUUCAUGAUCCGUCUAGGAAGCAAAAUGUCGAGUACAACAAUCCAAACGAGGCUCGGGAAGGCGAAGAAGAGUUGCCAUUUUCGUCUAGAUCAGAUUUUACGUUUGUUGUUGGUCACGGUGGAAGCUUUUUGGACCAACUUAGGGAGGACUAUCCUAGCUUGUUGGUUCGCCCCUCUUGGCCACUAGGUAAGAUGUUUCUGAAAGGGUCAGAUGAAGAGAAACGGAAGUUUAUGGAAGCAGUCACUAAACGAUUGGCAAGUAAAGUAGUUGGAUAUUUACCCAUACCACAGGAAAUCCCUGUCCAUAGUGUUAUUGGUCGGCAAGGCAGGACGUUGGCAGGUUUAGGGAAAGACACAAACACUUUGUGUAAGGUGAUGCCGGAAUCUCAACAAGACAUUACGUGGAAACUUGAGAUUAUGGCUUGCAGUUUGAAAGAUUUGGAGUCAGCAAAGGAGAUCUUAUCGGCAAACCUUUUUACUCAGGUUGUUCUGGAUGACUCAAUACUGUGCAUCAAUACUACGAAGCGUAGUAAAAACGUUAUGAUCACCUUCAAUCGUUAUGAACGCUACAGAUCAGUAAACUUGCAUAAAAGGCAUGUGCAUGAGAUGUGUUUGCAGGAAAGUCUAGACAAGCAGGCAACAGAUGACUUUGAUGAAUCCAUUGUCGCAAAAGGCCUGAAGAAUAUUAGAAUUGAGGAUCAUGAAUGCACAGAAGCAGCUACCCUCAAUGCCUCUAGAAGUUCAUUAAAGUUGACACCUUAUGGAUACAUUCAUGAAGAGAAUGUGCGUUACGUUUGUGAGUGGACGAAAAGUAAACUGAAGAUGUUAGAGACACGGACUGCUGUGCCAAAACUAGAAGCAAGGUUUGGCAAAGUUCUCUGGACUGAUAUGCCUCCUGACAUUGCUACCGGUACUUACAGCAUUCUCGAGUUUGAGCAAGAAUCGACGUUGAACUUGAAGACUAGUUUUGCUACCUUCGCGGAUUCAGACUUGACAUGUCUCUCAGUCGGUGAUCCCUUUGUUGUCGAAUCAUAUGAUUUAAAGGUCAUUCCUGGUCGACAGCUGGUAGCUGAGGAUGUGGCGAAGAGAAAUAUUGAUUUGAGAGUGACAGUCGAUGACGGACACUUCAAGCUUGCUGCUGCGUUUGGGGAUGAGGCACAGAAAUCAUGCGCUGAUUGGAUAUGUCUUGAUGGGAAAUAUGACUUUCGGUUAUCAGUCAGUGCAAGAGAGAUUUUACAGCAUAGAGACGAAUUUCAACGUCUAAUUGAUACUCUAAAGAAAGAAGAGGGUGAUGGUCUAAGCUACCAGAACACACCAGAGUUGACAGUGCACUACAUCAGACACAAGAAAAAACGUUGCUAUUCUGUCGACGACUGCUACCGCAUUGCCAUAUACGAAAUCCAGGAGUAUGAUGUCAAACGACGCCUUGGAGUUGCUAAAAACGUGAGGCUAGUAGCAGAUUUUCAAACAAUAGAACCACACAGUGAAGUAGAAUUUCAAAAUGUAAAGUGGAUGGCGAGGUUCUAUGCUGGCGCUGGUUAUGAUAUCAAGAGCGCAUUUUCCACAGAGCAAAUCUACUUCCCUGAGGACGUGACGGGUUUUGAUGAACCAUGGACAACAGACGGUAUCAUGUCUGAGUUACCAGAAUUUUUGGAACAAGUAGAUAACGUGUGUGAAAUAUUAAAUACAAGCUAGUCUGCAGAACAGUUUGAGUAGAAAGUGUGUAACAGCAUAACAGCUAGACUAAUGUUUGUUGUACAUAUACUGAUAGACAUGACUCUUUAGUGUGACAUGACUUUUUUAUUGACUUUUUAAAAUUACAGAAAUUUGUCAGUCACAAUCGCAAAUGUUUGUCUUUGGAAAUUGACAGAUGUUGAUAUUUUGCCCUAA